GGCGGGAGCGCGCCCCGGAAACGGAGUCAUGGCGGCUGCGGGGGCAGCGUUGGUGAUGGUGCUGAUGGCGGCGGCGCUGGCGAGGGGCGACGACUCGGACUGGGUGCGACUGCCCAGCAAGUGCGAGGUAUGCAAGUACGUAGCCGUGGAGCUGAAAUCUGCCUUCGAGGAGACUGGCAAGACCAAGGAGGUGAUCGACACCAAGUACGGCUUCCUGGAUGGGAAGGGCUCUGCUGUCAAGUACACACAGUCGGAUAUCCGGUUAAUUGAGGUGACAGAGAACAUCUGCAAGCGGCUGUUGGAUUACAACCUGCACAAGGAGAGGAGUGGCAGUAACAGAUUUGCAAAGGGCAUGUCAGAGACGUUUGAGACCCUGCACAAUCUAGUGCACAAGGGUGUCAAGGUGGUGAUGGACAUCCCCUACGAGUUGUGGAACGAGACCUCCGCAGAGGUGGCCGACCUCAAAAAGCAGUGUGAUGUGCUGGUGGAAGAGUAUGAAGAUGUGAUCGAAGAUUGGUACAGGCACCACCAGACGGAGGAUCUCUCCCAGUUUCUCUGUGCUAACCACGUGCUAAAAGGAAAGGACACAAGCUGCCUGGCAGAGAAGUGGAGUGGCAAGAAGGGUGAUUUGGCAAGCGUGGGGGAGAAGCAGAGCAAAAAAAAGAGCGGGAAGAAGAAGAAAAAGGGCCAUAAGGAUGAGCGCGAGGGAGCUGCCAGCCUUCCGGACACAGGGGAGACCCUGGAGGGGGUCCAGGAGCAGGCUCCACUCACCCACAGCCUAGCUGAUGAGCUGUAGGCACGCAGCCCCUGUCCCCGGGGCCGCCCGCUCCGGGUUUUCACCCCGCUGUGCCUAUGGCUACCAAAGGAAAAGGGACUUGUGACCCGUGGAAGGCCGGAGCGUCUGGCCCCGCCUUGGGUCCCAUCCCGUGAUUAGGUGUCACCGAGCCGCGGACGCAGCCCUGCCGGGGGUUCCAGCUCCGGGAGGCCGCGAGUGCUGCCCGCCGCCAGCUACUCGUGACUGUAAAUAAAGACGUUUUCCCCAGA